ACCGGUCAAACGAGAGGCGAGGCAACUCAACCACCAUUCGGAUGCGUCUUCGCAACCUCAGCUUAAAGGAAAGCACAGGUGAAGGCUGGGAAAAUCCAGCAAGGGGGAGGGCCGCUCGGGCACGAAGAUCCAAUAGGAAAGAAGGUCAUAGGAAAGAAGGUCUUGCGAAGAGGAGGCACAAGUAUGGAUCAGUCGAGAAAUAAUCACUACCAUCAUCAUCAACAGCAACAAAAUCUGGGAGUCAACAAGCUGAGCAAGAACAUCCGCAAGAGCCCUCUCCACCAGCCAAACUACUACUCCAACCAAAACCCACCGCAGCUGCAGCAGCAACAACCACCACCGCCACCGCCGCCGCAGGUGUACAACAUCAGCAAGAACGACUUCCGCAGCAUCGUGCAGCAGCUCACCGGCACCCCCUCCCGCGACAGCAGCCCCGGCGCCGCCCCCGCCAAUUCCCGGCCUCAGCAUCGCCCGCCGCAGCCGAGGUCCCCCAGCACCCGCCUCCAGAAGAUCCGCCCCCCGCCGCUCGCCCCCAUCGCCCGGCCGCCUCACCCUCCUCUCCGCCCCGUCGCUGCCGCCGCCCAGCCUCCUCCCCGGUAUCCGCCCCCUGUGCCUUACCGAAACCCUAACUCUAAUUUGCUCCCGGUGCCGAUUCCUCACCCCAAUUCGAACCCUUCUUCCUCCUUCCCCCGUCCCUCGCCCUCCGCCGGCGCUGCCUGGGCUGAAUCGCCCGUCUCCGCCUACAUGCGCUAUCUCGAGAGCUCCCUCCUCGGUUCCGACACGUCCCGCCACCCUCAGCCGCAGCCGCCGAUGCCCCCCUUUCCGUCCCCAGGGUUGCUGCCCUCCCCGCGCCCGCUCGUCCUGCCAUCCCCGAGAGGGAUCACGAAUUCCAGCUCGCUGCCCCUCCCUCCUACUCCAUCAGCAUCACCCUUGCCGCUGCCUUCUCCAAGCGCAUUCCUGAACCUAUCACCUUAUCCACUGCUUUCGCCAGGGUUUCUGUACCCUCCCACUCCCAACUUCGCCUUCUCUCCGUUGGCCCAAUCGGGGAUACUGGGGGCUGGACCAGGAGCCGGGCCGCAGCCACCACCGUCUCCCCUCGGGUUCUUGUUCCCGCAAUCCCCCUCGGGAUUCUUGCCCAUUCUGAGCCCCAGAUGGAGGGACAUGUUGUAGCUGCAACGAGCGAACCGUGUUCAUCACAUCACCAUCUUUCCUUGAAACACAUAGCAAGGAGGAACAUUUCUUCUGCAUCAGAAGUAAUCUAUGAAUCUGACCAAAGAUCUAACCCAAGUGUCGAAGGAGAUGUGGAUAGCCAUUGGUUGAGCGAAUGACUCUGGAUAUAUAGUCAACCUGAGCUUCUGGGAGGGUGAAGGUGUACCAGGAAAUGAGGCAGGUGAAAUAUAGUCUACUUUUGACUUCUCGUGCUUCAUGUUUGUAUUGACUUACUUUACUACUAAUGAUCUCAUAAUGUUAUACUUUCAUGUUUUCUCAAAGUAGUAAUUCUUGUGUGAGA